CGAACCCAUCCAACUGAAGUCAGUUCGUCAAGGCGCUGGUCCAAGUUCGUAGACGCGCUGCUGUGCUCCAACUCUACGAGUCGCCAGUCCAACUUCAACGAAAAAAGAAGAUAACUUUGAAGCCAUGGUGCGAACAAGUUUAACCGAUCUUGCUAAAAGGGCUCUGGAAUUGCAAAUUCCUGUCUGUGACCACUUCCCCGCUCAAAUAUCAUAGUGUUCUGAAUAUAAAGAUGCUACAAAGUUGGUGAAAUCGGGUUUGACUUCUGCGCAGUUUGCUGAGUUUCGGAAGAUGUCAUGGGGCCAUCUUCUUGAUGUGCCAGAGCUACAGUUCUCAGCGCAAAUUGUCCAUAGCCUCUUGUUGAGACUAGUGUGUGACCAGCCUAACGAUGAACUAUGGUUUUGCGUCAAUGACAAGUUGUUAAAGUUUACCUACAAUGACUUUGAACGCAUUACUGGGCUCCGUUCUAUGGGUCCAACUCCGGUCAUCUCUGAUGUGGAUGAAGGCAAUGGGAUGUUACUAGAUAAGUUCUUCGGUGGUGCGAGUGAGUUCAGCUUUGGGACCUUGACAGCAAAGAUGCAGUCACUAAAGCCGAAAAAGGCAGGACCUCGCGAUUUAAAGCAUACCCCUGGGCAAAAGUGUCCGACAAUCUAAUGGUUUCUCAGAUAAAGACUCUUAUGGUUGGACAGGGCGAUAGGUUUAAGGAGAAUAAGAAAGCCAAACC